AUGACAAAGUUUAGAGAUGGCAUGUGGCUUCCCAUAGAGGGGAAGAGGACGGAAUAUGCAGAGGAUGUAUAUACCAUCACGAAGCGGGCGGAUGGUCGAGCGCUAUCAUUACUAUGUCCGACGAAGCAGGUUCGUUCGCGGGGUGAUACUCUAAACCUGCCUACUGUGACACUUGACAUUGAAGCUGUUUUUGAUGGCGUGAUUUCUGUCGAAGCCACUCACUGGUCUGGAGCUGCAAAGAAGGGGCCUGACUUCGAUCUUUUCCCUCAAGGAAAGCCUCAGGACGAUGCUAGUAUUUCUGUGUCAGGCAAAGGGACGACAAUUGCGUCAGGAUCUGCCUUAACAUCACUACAAAACCGCAGCGUGGGGUUUGCUUAUGGUCCAGCGCCUAGCACCCCUCUUCAGCUUGAUGAUAUGAGAAACUUUGAUCACUAUAUGUUCACGCAAACAACACUUAGCGUGGGGGAGACUGUACACGGACUUGGUGAACGGUUUGGCGCAUUCAACAAAGUGGGUCAGAGCGUCACUCUAUGGAAUUCGGAUGGUGGCACAAGUUCUGAACAGGCCUACAAGAACGUAUCGUUCUGGCUUAGCAGUCGGGGAUAUGGCGUCUUCAUCGAUACUCCAGACAAAGUUGACCUGGAAGUUGGAAGCGAACGCUCAUGCCGGGUACAAACCAGCGUCAAAGGUCAGCGUCUCAAAUGGUAUCUGAUUUACGGGCCCUCGCCAAAGGAGGUUCUGUAUAAAUACACCACUUUGACUGGUAGGGCGGGAAGAGUCCCGGCCUGGAGCUUCGGUCUCUGGCUUUCUACAUCAUUCACAACUAGUUACGAUGAAAAGACCGUCAGUUCAUUUCUCGAGGGCAUGGCAGCUCGCGAUAUUCCGGUCGAGGUGUUUCACUAUGAUUGCUUCUGGCUCAAAGCAUUCCACUGGUGCGAUUUUGUUUUUGAUACGGAAAUGUUUCCAGAGCCUGCAAACAUGGUAAGCCGCCUCAAGGCUAGCGGUCUGGUCAACAAGGUAUGCGUCUGGACGAAUCCAUAUCUCGGCCAGGCUUCGCCUGUUUUCAAGAUGGCAGCAGAGAAAGGCUAUCUAUUAAAGAGAAAGAAUGGUGAUGUCUGGCAGACGGAUCUGUGGCAAGCGGGAAUGGGAAUUGUGGAUUUUACGAACCCUGAAGCUACAAAGUGGUUUGUUGGCUGCAUGGAAGCUCUCUUCGACACCGGUGUCUCUGCUAUUAAGACGGACUUUGGCGAAAGAAUCCCGGUCAAUGAGGAUAUACAGUGGCAUGACCCAAACGUGGACCCCUCAAAGAUGCAUAAUUACUACUCCUUCAUCUACAACAAGGUGGUGUAUGAAGCUCUACAGAGGCGCCACGGCAAAUCUGAGGCCGUUGUCUUUGCAAGAGCAUCGACAGCAGGUUGCCAAAGAUUUCCUCUACAAUGGGGCGGAGAUUGCGAGUCGACUCCUGAAGCAAUGGCUGAGUCACUCCGCGGCGGCCUGUCUCUUGGUCUAUGUGGCUUCUCUUUUUGGAGCGUGGAUAUUGGAGGCUUUGAGGGCUACCCAUCACCGUGGAUAUACAAACGAUGGGUUGCCUUUGGCUUAUUAACAUCACAUAGCCGUCUUCAUGGUAGUAACAGCUACCGUGUUCCGUGGACGAUUGACAAUGACGACCCGGGAGAACAGAGCUGCGCGAAGACGUUGGCAAGAUGGACUGCUUUAAAGGCCCGCCUCAUGCCUUAUUUAUAUGCGCAAGCGGCGGAAUCUAUUGCAGGCGGUCUUCCGCUAAGUGUUCGCGCCAUGUGCUUAGAGUUUCCGGAAGACCCAACCUCGUGGUAUCUUGACCGCCAGUUCAUGCUUGGAUCCAAAUUACUGGUGGCUCCAAUUUUUGAAGAGACUGGAGAAGUUGAAUUCUACUUGCCCGAAGGUCGAUGGACGAACUUUUUCACUGGGGAAGUGAAAUCCGGACCUAGGUGGGUGAAAGAGAAGCACGACUUUGAUACACUGCCACUUUACGUCCGCGAGAACACGAUAUUAGUUUUAGGCAAAGAAGGCGAGCGGCGGACGGUAUACAACUAUCUUGAGGACGUUGAAGUUCGUUUGUAUCAAGUCAGCACUGGGGCUGUUCAUAAGCUGGUGGAUAGCGAGGGCAACGAAAAAGGCACGUUAACAAUCGAUGCCAACAAUGCUAUUGCAGGUCAAAAUCUUCUCCAAGGCAAUCCGAGUAUUCAGAUUAUAUCUAAAUAA